AAAAUAAAUAAAUAAUGGUGUUUUGGUUUCACAAAGUUAUUGAGACAUGAAAUAAUGAUGGUGGCAUUGUCGACGACUAGUUGCAGUCCUAAUUCGUGGUUGAAUUCCAUAUCCUGUCGCUGUAACAACGAUAAAGCUCCAUUCUGGCAGUCUGGCCCUCGAUUUGGUCGUCAUCAAUCACGAAUACGUUUUUCAAGUUGCUGGCGUUGGGCUCGACCGUCUCUUCCUCCCGGACACGGACGCUCCUCUGCUGAAAAGUGCGACGAUAGUGAUAGUGGUAUCCAGAUAAAUGCACAAGGCAACACGGCAAUAAUCUCCGCUUGCUUUGUUGGCCUCUUCACCGGUAUCAGUGUCGUGCUUUUCAACGCCGCGGUUCAUGAAAUACGCGAUUUAUGUUGGGAUGGGAUUCCGUCUCGAGGUGCCUCGUGGUUAAGGGAAGAGCCUAUUGGAGUAAUUUGGCAACGUGUAAUCUUAGUACCAGCUUCUGGGGGUUUGCUAGUCAGUUUUUUGAACACUUUCCGAGCCACACUGGACGUCUCAACGCAAGGAAAUUGGACAUCAUCUGUUAAAUUUGUCUUGAGACCAGUUUUGAAGACAAUUGCUGCUUGUAUCACUUUAGGAACUGGAAAUUCCUUAGGACCAGAAGGCCCAAGUGUUGAAAUUGGUACUUCAGUUGCCAAGGGAAUUGGAGCUUUACUCGAUAAAGGUGCUCAUAGAAAGCUAUCUCUCAAGGCUGCUGGAUCAGCUGCUGGAAUAUCAUCUGGAUUUAAUGCUGCUGUUGCGGGUUGUUUCUUUGCUGUGGAAUCUGUGUUAUGGCCAUCACCUGCAGAGUCUUUGUCCUUGACAAAUACAACUUCAAUGGUUAUUUUGAGUGCUGUUAUAGCUUCUGUUGUCUCAGAAAUUGGUCUUGGCUCAGAACCUGCAUUUGCAGUCCCGGCAUAUGAUUUUCGUACACCUACGGAAUUGCCGCUUUAUCUUCUGCUGGGUAUCUUUUGCGGGUUAGUUUCAGUGGCACUAUCAAGCUGUACAUCAUUUAUGCUGCAAAUAGUGGAAAAUAUCCAAACAGCCAGCGGCGCGCCAAAAUCAGCUUUCCCUGUGCUGGGUGGUCUUCUGGUUGGGCUGGUAGCUUUAGCAUAUCCUGAAGUCCUCUACUGGGGUUUUGAGAAUGUUGAUAUUUUGCUAGAAUCUCGGCCACUAGUGAAAGGCCUCUCUGCUGAUCUGUUGCUCCAGCUUGUAGCCGUCAAAAUAGUAACAACCUCAUUAUGCCGAGCCUCUGGAUUGGUUGGAGGCUACUAUGCUCCAUCUCUAUUUAUUGGUGCUGCUACUGGAACUGCAUAUGGGAAAAUUGUUAGCUACAUUAUCUCUCAUGCUGAUCCAAUCUUUCAUCUCUCCAUCUUGGAAGUUGCAUCCCCACAAGCAUAUGGUCUGGUUGGCAUGGCUGCUACUCUUGCUGGUGUCUGUCAGGUGCCUCUCACUGCGGUUCUGCUUCUCUUUGAACUGACACAGGAUUAUCGGAUAGUUCUGCCCCUCUUGGGAGCUGUGGGGAUGUCAUCAUGGGUUACAUCUGGACAAACAAGCAAAGGGGUGGUACAGGAUAGAAAGAAAUUAAAAGAUGCAAGAGCCCAGAUGACGCAGUGGCAAGGAACUUCUUCCUCCAACAUUGAACUUCCUAGCUUAACUUAUUCUUCAGGUGUGGAACCUUCACAAAAAGAGAGUAACCUCUGCAAACUUGAGAGUUCACUCUGUCUUUAUGAAUCUGAUGAUGAAGAAAAUGAUUUCGCUAGGAAAGUUCUAGUUGCACAGGCAAUGAGAACGCGAUAUGUGACAGUCCUAAUGAGCACCUUGCUAAUGGAAACCAUAUCUCUCAUGCUAGCUGAGAAGCAAUCUUGUGCUAUAAUAGUUGAUGAAAAUAAUUUUCUCAUUGGUUUGCUGACACUUAGUGAUAUCCAGAAUUACAGCAAAUGGCCAAGAGCGGAAGGAAAAUGCCAGGAGGAACUUGUAGUAGCUGAUGUUUGCUCUUCAAAUGGCAAUAAGUGCCGGGUACCAUGCACAGUGACUCCAAAUACAGAUCUCCUUUCUGCUCUAACUAUUAUGGAGAAACAUGGUUUGAGUCAGCUACCUGUUAUACUAAGGCACGUGGAGGAUGAAGGCAUACAUCCUGUGGGCAUUUUGGACAGAGAGUGCAUCAAUGUAGCUUGCAGAGCAUUAGCAACUAGAGAACAGCUUAGCUGGUUCUCCACGAAGUAAAGGCUAAUUGAAGGUUGCAUAACCCGUUUGCAAUAAGUUCUUCCUUGUCAAAGCAUGCUGAGGGUUAUUGUCUCUGAGUAAUCCAUCCUCGCUCUGUCUUACAACAGGGUUGAACAAUUCAAUUGUAAAUAAUGAGAAUGAUGUUAGCACAGGCAGAGGAGACCGUACAACCAGGAAGCAGGAUUUACUGCUGAAGCUGAAGGUUUGUUCUAGCUGCUUCUUAAAUUAGGCACUGGAGGAGCGCACUGCGUAACUACACUGACUCGUCAUCCAAUUCCAAUCAUUCACUUCCGUGGACCGAAGUACUGGACAGGUGAUUGGAAAAGGAUAUGUGUCACAUCGAUUGUACCUACUCUACAUCCCAAAAUCACAUGUUGCUUUCACUUAGGUUGUUUCUUCUGAAUUGCUCCAUAGUCAAUUGGGUCAUCAAAGUCUCCUGAAAUUGCAAAAAAUGGUCCCAUUUUAUCUUUGUUAGAAUGUGAGUCGUGUCAGUUUGGUUAGCACACUCGUUCCGCUUUCUCAAAAUGCGUCAAUAAUAAGGUCACCUCUAUGUUUGAAAUCGUUCAUUCGGAUAUAUGGGGUCCAAGUCGUGUCAAUCCUUCUUUAGGAUUUCAUUAUUUUGUUACUUUUAUAGAUGACUAUUCUCGGUGCACGUGGUUAUUUUUAAUAAAAAAAAUAGAUCUGAGUUAUUAUCUAUCUUUCAGAAACUUUAUGUUGUAAUUCGCAAUCAAUUUGGCAAUUUCAUUAAGAAGUUAAUCAGUGAUAAUGCCCAAGAAUACUUCGUUACUUCUUUCUCUUCUUUUACGUCAUCCCAUGGCAUAUUGCAUUUGUCUUCUUGUGCACAUACUCCUCUACAAAAUGGAGUUGUUGAGCGAAAGAACAGACAUCUAAUGAAACAACUCGAACAUUGUUUGUUCACAAUCAUGUCCCUUUUACGUUUUUGGGGUGAUGAUGUUAUUACUGCUUGCUAGUUAAUCAAUUGCAUGCCUUCAUCUAUUUUGCAGUACUUGAAUCCUCACUCAGUCCUUUAUCGGAUAAAAUUUUUAUUUCCUUCUCCUCCACGUGUAUUUGGUUGCACUUAUUUUGUUCAAAACCUUACCCCGGAAAAAAUAAACUUCAUCACAAGGCUUUUGAAUGUGUCUUUCUUGGGUAUUCUCCUCUACAAAAAGGUUACAAAAGUUUUGAUCCCUCUUCCAAAUAAGUACUUUGAUCUCUGCAGAUGUUACUUUUUUGAGACUUUUUCAUAUUUUUCUCCUAAUAUGAAAAAUCAAAAGGCCAUAGCAAUCCUUCCCGCUCCAACUAUUCCAACCCCCAUCUCCACUUCCAACUCUUAAGGUUUGUUCCUGACGACCUCAACAUCCUAUUGAACUUGCUAAUUCAAUUGGUAUUUCUAACUCUGAUAUAGGUGCACAAAGCAAUCUUGGUGACUCAUACCUGCUCCAACAAUGUCUUUUACUUCAGUCGAGCACUUAUCUGAUAAUCUUUCUACUACUCUUGCAAAGGUUGACGUCAAGCUAUGAUUGAAGAGAUGACUGUUUUGCAUGAUAAUGGUACUUGGGAGCUUGUUCCUUUACCUGAAGGCAAAAUCACAAUUAGUUGUCGUUGGAUAUUCAUAGUUAAGGUAGGUUCGGAUGGAGCUAUUGAUCGUCUCAGAGCAAGACUGGUUACUAAGGGAUACACUCAGAUUUAUGGCAUCGAUUAUGGAGAUACUUUCUCACCAGUUGCCAAGAUGACUUUUGUUCGUCUUCUCAUCUCUAUGGAAGCAAUGAAUCAUUGGCCCCUUUUGCUAAAGAGGUAGAUAUCAGGGGGAGUCUAGACUAGUUUGUAAACUUCGUCGAUCCCUUUAUGGUCUCAAGCAGCCUCCCAAAGCAUGGUUUGGUUGAUUUCGAGCUAUUUUCCAACAAUUUGGAAUGAUUCGAACAUAAGAGAAUCACUCUUAUACUAUAGGCAUUCAUCUAAUGACAAACAUAUCUUUUUAA